AUGUGCUCUACCGCCGAUGGGUAUCGAAAACAGUUAGAAACUAAGGAAGGAAUAUCGGGAGGCCGCAUUAAUCUAGUGAGACUUUAUUACACUUCCACCAAGAUCGAACUGUGUGCAUUUAUCAUGAUUCAAAAAUUUCUGCACCUAGUAGAAUCUCUUGGAACGUCAAUCGAUAGGGCCGAGACUCAGAUUUCUUCCCGGAACGAAAACGAUCAAUGUAACAUACAUGAGCCUUUAAAUCAUUUGUUCAUUUUGUACAAUUGUCCCGUUUGCAUCGUACUUAUUAGCUUAUGUACCUACACACAUAUCUUCGGCGAAGGGAAGACUUUGAGUACUUCUAAGAUGUUUAUACUACAUGUAUGGUGCGCACACUCUUAA